UUUUAUUCCAACCCCUUUAUAAAGCAAAGCCGUACUCCUUUCUUCUUCUUCAGAUCCUCGUCCGUCCAUCACGGUUGUUUUCUCUGUCGGUUUAUCUCUCUCCUAUUCCUUCACCGCCACCACUCACUCUUCUGCUUCUUUGAUCACCUCUGUUUCUCUCUAUUAGCCAUUGAUCGAACCUCGAUUUGCCGAUCGCUUGAGAUUAAAUAAGCUUCGACCAUCAAUCAUACCGAUGGACAAGUUCGAUGUGGGAUCGGAUUCGGCUGAAGACAUGAUAACAAUCGUCAAUCCAGAUGUUGUUUCUUCCGACGAAAGCAGUAGUCAUGUUAAAAUCUGUACAGACUGCGGUACAACUAGGACGCCUCUCUGGAGAGGCGGUCCGUCCGGUCCCAAGUCAUUAUGUAAUGCUUGUGGUAUAAGGACUAGAAAGAAGAAAAUACUUCUUCUAGGUUUGAACAAGAACUCGAUCGAUCGAAAGGCGUCGGCGACGGCGGCGGUGAAGAAUCGGGGUAGGAAAAGUUGUGGCGGCGAAUCUUCUGGAAGAGAUAGAUUAUCAACGGUGAAGAAGGUGCGAGUGAAGAAGAUGGGAGAAGUAGAACAAGCGGCAGUAUUAUUGAUGGCCUUAUCAGGCUCUUUUUUUGUUUAGUUUUUAAAUUUAAUUAAAUUAAAUAAACUAUAUGUUGUUAGUUUAGUCUUUAGUGGUGUCUGUUUGUGCGUGUGAGACAGACAAAGAAAAGAGAUAGAAGCGAAGAAUUCGCCUAAUGUUUGUUUGUGGUUUUGUUUUAUUUUUAAUCAAAGUUGUCAUUCUUUUUUCUUAA